AUGCUCGACAUCAUCACCAACACCAACGAAUCACACAAAGAAGAAGCAUUGAAAGAAAGAAUUCAAUGGGCAAACUCUUUGCGUAAAGUCGUGACACGAAAAGAUGCCAUCGACGCAGAAACCGGCGCUUUAAAGCAACAGUUUUUCAAACCGACGAAAAUCGUCUUCGAGACUUCCGGGAAGAAAUGGGGCGACGACCAGCGGCAAAAACUGUACGAAGGACUCCAUAUAUUCGGCGUCGGCGAGUGGAUGAAGAUGAAAGAACACUUUCACAACGAAUUAGGCGAGUGGACGACCUUGGAUUUGAGAGUGAAAGCGAGCAGGAUGCUCGGGACGCAAAGUUUAUCGAGGUACCCGAAAGGGUGGAAAGGAACGAAAGAGGAGGUGGAUUUGGAGUACGAGAAACACAAGGAAAUCGGGGAGAAGACGGGGUGCUGGAAAAGCGGGACCUUGGUGGAAGACGACGAUGGGAGCGUGGCGAAACUGUUGAAGGAGAGAGAAAUGGAGGGAAAGUAG